UUCAUUUGGUAUAGUGUUUAUGGUACUGUGUUGUUCUAAAAACAUUAACCGUUGAUUUAAAAUUUUUAUACACUUUUAUUGAAUAUAAAUCUUAAAUUUCAAAAUGUCUAUGCGACCCGAUGACCAUCGAAGGAAGUGGAAUAGAGAAGAAUAUGAAAGAAUAGCUUUGCAGCGAUUACAAGAAGAAAUUGCAGAAGAAGAACUUGGAAUUCCAAAACAGCCAGCAGUUAAGAGAGAACUUUUGAAACAACGAGAUUACAAAGUUGAUCUUGAAUCAAAACUUGGAAAAAGUGUUGUAAUCAAUAAAAAUACUCCGUCAUCCCAAAGUGGAGGGUAUUAUUGUAAUGUUUGCGACUGUGUUGUGAAAGAUUCUAUAAACUUCCUUGAUCAUAUCAAUGGCACGAAACAUCAACGAAACUUGGGAAUGUCAAUGAAAAUAGAACGUUCAACAUUAGAACAGGUUAAAGCAAGAUUUGCAGUGAAUAAAAAAAAACGCGAAGAGAAAAAAAAAGAUUAUGAUUUGGAACAACGUGUGAAAGAAUUAAAAGAAGAGGAAGAAAAAAUGAAAGAAUAUAGGAAAGAAAAAAGGAAAGAUAGAAAACGAAAAAUUGACGAAAUUAAAAAUGAUGAUAAUGCAGGACCAAUCGAUGAAAUGGCAGCAAUAAUGGGAUUUUCAGGUUUUGGCUCAUCGAAAAAUAAAUGAAACUUAUUUUUUAAUUUAUAGAAGAAUUGACAAUUAUAUUAUGUUGAUAUGCUUUAUUAAAAAGUAUAUUUAGAUUAUUAUAAAAAAAAAUUUUGCGGUAAAGUAAUUCUUUAUAAGUGUGAAUGUGUUUUACAGUUCAUGAUCUAAUUAUUAACA